AUGGGCGCAUCAAUCGCAUGCCUGAGGGCUGUCGGGAGACCGCGAUCAAAGACCCACGCGGAUGAGAUCGACGACAAGCACAAGGCGAUCAUCAUCUCUGGAUUCUGUGCCAUCGGAAAGACCCAUUUCUCAUCCAACAUAGACGAACAGCGGCAAGGUCGCGGAAUGGAGGUCUACGAUCUAGACUCGAGCGCAUACAGCUCCAAGCCUGGGUUUCCGGAGAACUAUAUCGCAGAGAUCCGGAGGCUGGCAGAGAAGCCGUGCACCAUUCUAAUCUCAACCCAUAGGGGCCUGCCUACGCAGCUAGCGAAAGAGGGUUAUUAUGUCGCGCUGGUCUACCCUGAGGAUGGCCCGGAAGCAAAGAGAGAGUGGCUGCGCAGGCUCGAAGAACGCGAGGAAGCGGGUAAAGACUCGCGACUCUACAAAAUCACCGACGAGAACUGGGACCUGUGGUAUGAGAGGACCGCUGGUGAACAGAUCACCAGUAAAUGGACUCUCUCCAACGACCAGUACUUGAGUACUAUCUUUGAGGACAUACAUGCCGACUUCCGAGAGUUCAAAGACCGCGAACGCCAGCAAGACAGGCGAUGA